CACAACACCGGAAAAGACGGAAUCCGAGCUGGACCAGAAACCGUUCGAGAGCCAAACAUGGCGUCUGCAGAGGAAAGCGUACAAGCAGAAGGCGAUGAAGCGCAAACACCAAAACUGUCGGAGAUGUUGGAGUCUGGAUGGAGGUUUUAUGAACAGUUGGAGAAAAGCCAGGAACCUUUAAACUCCGAGGGGGUGCAGAGGAACGUCACACGCGCUGUCCAGCAGCUGCAGCAGGCCAGCAGGAUGUUAGACAAACUCCACCUGUUCAGCCAUAACGAGGAGCUGGAUGAAAUCUCCACGGCGGAUCUGAAGUUUGUGUUGUUACCUGCGCUGCUGGCUGCGUUGGUAAUGAAGCAGGGGGGCGUGGCUCAGCGGUUGGAGCAUGUGCAGACGGCACGUGUUCACUUCCUGCACUUCCUCAGACUCUGUAAAGAUUACAACAUCAGCUCGUUCCACCUGCCACCAGAUGCCCAGGAUACGGAGGAGGCGUCGCCAGGGGCAGAGACUGACAACCUGAACCCUGCCCACCCCCCUCAGCCUGACCUCAUCGCCAUGGCGACACAGAGACAGGCCAAAAUAGAGAGGUAUAAGCAGCAGAAGCAGGUGGAGCAGAAGCUGGCUGAUCUCAGGCUGCUGGUGGAUGGCGGUUCGGUGGAUGAGGAGGUGAUGAGGGAGUUUUACCUUUUGCAGGUGCGCAGGUGGAUCACAGUCGCCCUCGAGGAAAUCGAGUCCAUCGACCAGGAAGUGCAAAUCCUCAGGAGGAUGCCUGCUCUCACUCAGGCUCCGAGGCAGAAACCGAGACGAGCACCGAUGAAACCCUUCAUCCUCACUAAAGACGCUGUUCAGGCCAAAGUGUUUGGUGAAGGGUAUCCCAGUCUUCCCACCAUGACAGUAAAUGAAUGGUAUGAACAGCACAGAAAGAAAGGAUGUUUACCUGACCAGGGCAUCCCUCAGAGCACAGUGGAUGUGGAUGCAGAAGAGCGAGAGAAAGAAGAAAAGGAGAGAAAAGAAGAAGAGGAUGAUGAUGAGGCUUUACAAAAGGCCAGAGACUGGGACAACUGGAAAGACACACACCGCCGAGGAUACGGCAACCGCCAAAACAUGGGCUAAAAGCGCGCACACACACACACACACAGUUGAUCUCGAAAUAAACUUUUUCAAUUGUCA